GGCCGGGCCUCGGAGCUGGGCCAGUCGGCCAGGCGCCAUCUUUGAGGCUGGCAGCCCGGAGGGUCCGUGGCUGCUGCCCGAGGAACGAAAAGCAGUGGCGGCAGCGGCGGGGACAGACCCUGGCAGCGGAUGAGGGAAAGAGUCGAGGCCGCGGCGGAAGCGGUGAAGAGUGACUCUGGCCCGGUCAAGUUACGCUUUCAGGUUUGGGGAUAUUCCCUGCUCAAAAAAGUCCUGGAAAAAUUGACUAGUGUUAAGUGUGAGUAAAAGGUGUCCACAUUUUAUUUUCAAAUUCUAAGUAACAUUUAAUUUUUGUCUUGUCUUGGGUAGAAUUUGACAAGAUUUAGCCUAGAGAUUGUGCAGCUUUUAUAAGAAUCAAAAUUCCUUUUAAGUUGUGGGAUCUAGUUUAAAAAUCUAUAGUAUUUUUAUUUAAACUUUUUUGUUAUAACAUGUCAACAUCAUUGCAAAAUUGAGAGUUUGAACACCUCACUAACCUGAAUAGAUAGGCAGUUAAAUUCCUUAUUGGUAGUCUGUAACUUAAAAAAUUUGAAACAGCUGCUCAAGCAAACUUUUGCAUGACUAAUAAUACUUAAUGCCUUGCUAGCAGAAUUGAUAUUAAUUUAAAGGAAAUGUUGUCUUUCCCCAAAUGUUAAGCUCCCUAUGUUUUCUGUGACUGUGUUCAAGAUGGCUUCUCUGCUCCUCUGCCUUCUAUAGUUUGCUGUACCAUACAGUUGUCACUACUCUGAUCAUUUCCAUCUAUUUUGGUUAAAGAUCAUGUGGAAAUGUUAAUGUUAUACAUGCAUCCAUACUAUACACAUUCAGAUGUGUAAGGAUAUUAUUUCACCAACAUUUGUGGGCUGGUGCAAGAUUUCAGCCUUUUUAAAAAGAUACCUUGAUUCUGAGUUUUUAUCAUUAUUUUUUAAAAUGCAGUCAAAUCUAAAGAUUUUUAUUCUAUAUUAUAAAGAUGAAAAAUCACUCAAAUGCUUUGGUUAUGCACAUUUGUGUAUAUGUGUUUGUGUGUAUAAACCAAUUUGUAUAUAUGUAUAUGCUGAUAUACAUAGAUACACACAUACCUUUGCGUACCUUUACAUACACAUGUAUUUUCAGUAUACAGAUAAUAAAGAUGGGGGAAGGUUUCUGUUUUUUCUUAAUAGGUGAAGAAAUCUUGAAGACCAGAAUUGGAUAUUAUUCAAUUUUUUUUUGUUUUAAAAAAAAAUAAAUUGUCCGGCUGUGGAAGAUGGAUCUUUUUUGUAGCCCUUUGAAUUUCAAGUUCAUCUUUAAAUGAACUAUUUUUUUUUUGGAAGAGAUAACUAACCCUGGCUGUCUCCAGUCUGAGAGAGGUUAUUCGAAUGGACUUAUUCUUCCAGUAGUUGGGAGAUGUUUAAAAAGCACAGCCUGUGUUUGAAUUGUGGCUGAGAGGUGUUUCCUUGGCAAUGUGAGGAGGAAAAUUCUUUCUGCCCCUUUAUUAUUAAUUCAUGGAUUGAGUGUUGGUUCGACCUACAGGAGUAAUAAAUUGGAAUUCAUUGAAGACAGACGAUCCUGUUGAGGUCACCCAGCUAAUGUAACAUUUUAAAGAAGAUUUCAGUGGUUGAACUGCCUGUGGAAGAUUGAGACCAUUUGAGAAAGAAUUGGAACCUGGUUCUCUUCUAGAGAAGUAGUGGCUUGUUUUCAAGCCCCAGCACUUGAUCAGAAAAUCUGGCCAGCAUGUCUAAUCAAGGAGAAGACUGCUACUUUUUUUUCUAUUCUACAUGUACCAAGGGAGAUAGCUGCCCAUUCCGGCACUGUGAAGCUGCCCUAGGAAAUGAAACUGUUUGUACACUGUGGCAAGAAGGGCGCUGUUUUCGUCAGGUCUGCAGGUUCCGACACAUGGAAAUUGAUAAAAAGCGGAGUGAGAUUCCAUGUUACUGGGAAAACCAGCCAAUGGGAUGUCAAAAAUUAAAUUGUGCAUUUCAUCACAACAGGGGACGCUAUGUUGAAGGCCUUUUCCUACCUCCAAGCAAAACUAUUUUACCCAUUGUGCCUGAGUCACCAGAUGAAGAGGUGAAAGCUAGUCAGCUCUCAUUGCAGCAGAAUAAACUGUCUGUCCCCUCCAACCCUUCCCCCCAGCUUCGGGGUGUAAUGAAAGUGGAAAGUUCAGAAAACGUUCCCAGUCCCACACAUCCUCCAGUUGUAAUCAAUGCUGCAGAUGAUGAUGAAGAUGACGAUGAUCAGUUUUCUGAAGAAGGAGAUGAAACUAAAACACCUAUUCUGCAACCAGCUCCUGAAGUUCAUAAUGGAUUACGUAUAACUGGUGCCCGGAAACCCGGGGUCAGCUUAAAGCAAGAAGGGCCUUCAGGAGCAUCUGCUCACUUACUUCAACCUCAACCCAUUCCAGGUCCUGAGAAAGAGAAUGUCAGAACUGUGGUGAGGACAGUGACCCUGUCCAACAAACAAGGAGAAGAGCCCUUGGUACGACUGAGUCUUACAGAAAGGCUAGGGAAACGGAAGCUCUCAGGUAUUGACAGUGACCCUCCACUGAAACGAAGCCUUGCUCAAAGGCUUGGGAAGAAAAUUGAAUCUCCAGAAAUGAAUACUGACAAAACUCCAAAGAAAGUUCAAGUUUCUAAGUCUCUGAAGGAGAGAUUAGGAAUGCCAGCUGAUCUAAACAGUAUGGAGACAACAGCAGAAAGAUCGGCUAAAGGUGGAGAGAUCCAUGUGAAGACACUAGAAGAAAUACGUCUUGAGAGAGCCAGCCAAAAACGAGGAGACUUGCAAGUCAAAAUCAAGAAUGAAGGACCCCAUAAGACUGAAGAUCCCAGUUUAGGGCUGAGGAGUUCUUCUGCUAUCCGAAUUAAAACAUUUUCUGAGGUCCUGGCUGAAAAAAAACACCGGCAGCAGGAGGAAGAGAGACAGAAAGCUGAGAAGGAAAACCCUUCUGUUAAGCUCAGAAUAGAGAGUGAGUCUAAGAAACCAGUAAUCUUGCCUCCCACCAUUGCCAGCAAAGGGCAAUUGGAAGAGCCUACAAGUAAAACAAAGCCCAUGCAGGAAGUACACAUAAAAACCCUGGAGGAGAUCAAACAGGAAAAGGCAUUGAGGGUACAACAGAGUGCUGAGAACAGCACCAACUCCCAGCCGCAGCCUGAGACUACUCCAGUCAUAAGACGACUGCUCCGCAUCACUAAAAGAACAGGUAUAAAAGAAGAGAAGAAACUUAGUGAAGCAGGUGAAACCACAUCUCGAACCUGUGUUACCCGAACAGAGGCUGUUGAGGUUUCUUCACAGCCUUCAGAUGAGAGCACAGGAGAUGGAAUUUCCAAAGUUCAAGUCAAGAAAUUUGAGGAUAUCAUGAGGGAGAAGCGCAUGCAGAAACAGCAAGAGGUGGAAACACUACAGAAGGAGAAGGCUGUUUUAACAUCCCUUCAGGAAGAAGCAGCACCUAGUAACACCCAAGUGGCAGAGAAAUUAGAACUGAAUGCUGUGCCAGGAAUCACCCGCCAGCUGACAAAGCGCAUGCCAAUAAAAGCCCAGCAAGUAGAGGUAGAAACUUCAGGAAUUGGGGAUUCAAUACUGAAUGUGAAAUGUGCAGCACAGCCCUUGGAAAAAAGGAGUAAAGCCAAGCCCAAGGUUAAUGUCAAGCCAUCUGUGGUUAAAGUCAUUUCAACCCCUAAAUUGGCCACCAAACGCAAGGCAGCCGAAGUCCACCCUGCUGUCAUUGCAGCUGUAAAACCACUCAGUUCCAGCAGCAUUCUUCAGGAAAGCCCAAGCAAAAAAGCAGCUGUGGCUGCUGUUCCAGUUCUCUCUGAGGACAAACCAGUCACUGUGUCUGAGACAGAAAAAACCCCAAACAGUCUUGAUCUGCCUCCAAGUCAAGCUUCUUCUGAUCCCCCACUACCAGAAGUAUCUAGUCCUUCUUCAUCCCAAGUGGCGACAAAAAGCCGCCGGCUUAGCUCUGCCUCUUCAGGGAAGCCUGCCCUUUCUGUGGAAGAUGACUUUGAGAAACUGAUCUGGGAGAUCUCAGGAGGCAAAUUGGAAGCAGAAAUUGACCUGGAUCCUGGAAAGGAUGAAGAUGACCUUCUACUUGAGCUCUCAGAAAUGAUUGAUAGCUGAAAGUGGUGAUAAGAUCACUUAAAAAAAACUCACAAAAAACUGGAUUUUGUUUCAUCUAUUAUAACAUUUGCCUGAGGUGACUAUUUCUGUAGGCCAGGAUUUGCCUCCAUCAGAAGUAUACCUCAGAAGUAUCUACACUUGUUUGGGCCUCCUGUGGGUCAAAUUAAAGAGAAGGCCUUUGGGCAGCCAUCCUGUCUAUUAUUGUUUAGCUCUGAGAUAAAGUUCCUUGUCUCACCCCACCCCACUGUUCCCUCCUUCUCCCAAUUAAAAAAAAAGAGAGAGAGAGACAGUAGAGAUGAGAUUGGGUUGGGGGGGCAUAAAGGAGCUUAAAGCUUUAUGGUCUAUGUUUGUUAAUUCUGGCUUUUUUCUUUGGGUCUUCUUUGUUGUGUGUAUGAACGGAUAUAUGAAAGGUUAUUGGAGUUUGAAAAAGAUGAAGACAGCUGCUACUACUCUUAAGGACCAAAUUUCAUGCUGCCACUGAGCAAAAUACACUCAGCUUUUGUUACAUUGUCUGUCCUUUUACAAUGUAUUUAAACUGUUAACAUAGCUUUAGAGAGGGCUAAGCAGCUACAGGGAGCAAACCAGAAUAACAUGGACAAUUCUUCUAGGUCCGAGUUUUGGUGCUUCUGCUACUCUGAAGGCUUCUAACUAGCAACAGCUUAUUUAUUACUACUGUAAUUUUAAAAUAAUUUUUUCUCUUUUGCUUGAAAGUGCCUCGGUGGUCCCAAGAACUACUGUGUUGCUGGGAUCCCCUGGUUUCUUCACAAGAAUUGACAUGAUUAGUAGAACCUUCUUCUCAGCACGAAAGUUUCUCCACGUGCCCCCCCCAAGUAUUUUUCCCUCCCCAAUACUUUUCCACCACCACUGGCAUUGAAUCACCAGGAGUUGUGUGAAGGGCUAUGUUUUUGUUUUGUUUUGUUUUUUUAAUCUGUACUGCUGCAGUUCCAGCAAAUUCUCUUGCCCAGGAUUUCUCUACCUUUAACCACCUAGAAAGAAGCCAAAUCAGCUGCUGAUUUUCAUAUGUGAACUAUAGCAAUACACUGAACCCCACUGUAACAGGGAUGUUGAGAUGCUUUGGAGGUGUAUUGUGUACCUUCCAUUUUUGUAGGUGAUUUUUCCUACUACUUCUGAAUUGAUUUUUUUUUGUUCUUGACGUCCUCUCCACAUCCCCUCAAGGGUUUUAGACUUGUGCUAGAAUAAGCCUAUUCCAGGCUUGUGUUCUCAGAAGGAGAUAUAUUGCAUUGUAAAUAUUUGUGUUCAUAUGGUAUUUUGAAGAAAGGAAAAAAAACUUGUCCAUUUUUAUAAUCCAUUGUAGGUGGUAUCUUGGUUCCCCCAGGGAAAAUUGACCCACCUAUCAUAUUGGCUCCUAAGGAACUGCUGUUGUAGGCGGCUCAUCAAAAGGAGAACUUCAUGUAAUCUCAUGGGAGGGUGGAGAAUGCCACAGGACUACCCAUUUGGCCUUGCUGAGGUCUGAAUGGUUAUGCACAAACAAAAGUAACUUGAGAAAUUUAUAUAUUUAAAAAAAAUAAACACAAUUCCCACCCCUCCCUCUGCAAUUGAAAUUUGUUGUAGGGGGACUCCUCCCCAAGGCCAAGCAUGGAAUGUUCUGGCUUCAUUACCGAUUGCCACCUCCCCCUUCCCCUUCCCCAUUUCAUUCUUGAGAUCUGCACAGAGAUCUCUACUCCCUUUUGUAAAUAACCAUUUUAUUCUUUUCAUUUUUUAUGAUUUUGUUUGUAUCCUAUUUAAAGCACUUGUACUAUUAAUCUGCGUCUGAAUCAUUCAUGUUCAGCAUCAUUUGAACCAUUAGUCAUUACGGAGAAAGACAUAUUUGUGUUUUAAAUAAAACUGGUGUAGGAAA